AUGGCUUACAUGAAUCCAGUAUAUGAUCGUAUCAAAACCUUUGAAUGUGACAAGUGUCAAAAAUCAUUUAGACAUAAAGGAGAUCUCAAAAUUCACAUUAUUCGAGUUCAUGACAAACCCUUCAAGUGUCACAUUUGUUAUAAAUCAUUUGGAUACAAACAUGUUCUCAAAGGUCACAUGAAUGCUAUACAUAUCAGUAUUCAUGGUCCUAGCGAACCCUUUGAAGUUAAAAUUUAUCAUAAAUCUUUUGGAUAUCAGAAUAAUCCCAAAGGACACAUGAGUACAGUACAUAAAAAGAGCAAACCCUUUGAAUGCACCAUUUGUACCAAAUCAUUUGUAGAAAAAGGUAUCCUGGAAAGACAUAUAAAUGAAGUACAUAAUAGUAUCAAACCCUUCGAAUCUCAUGAUCGUAGCGAACCCUUUGAAUAUAAAAUUUGUCAUAAAUUAUUUGGAGAAAAGGGUACCCUCGAUCGUCAUGUGAAAGCAGUACAUAAUAGUGCCAAACCCUUCGAAUGUUAUCUCAAAAUUCACAUGAAAUUCGUACAUGAUCAUAGAAAACCCUUUGAAUGUAAGACAUGUCAUAAAUCAUAUGGAGAAAAGGAGACCCUCGAUCGUCAUGUGAAAGCAAUACAUAAUAGUACCAAACCCUUCGAAUGUUAUCUCAAAAUUCACAUGAAAUUCGUACAUGAUCAUAGAAAACCCUUUGAAUGUAAGACAUGUCAUAAAUCAUAUGGAGAAAAGGAGACCCUCGAUCGUCAUGAAAAAGCAGUACAUAAUAGUAUCAAAUCCUCUGAAUGUAAGAUCUGUGACAAAUCAUUUCCAUCGAACAGUCUCCUCGAAUAUCACAUAAAUUCAGAUCAUGAUCGGAGCAAACUCGUCGAGGAUGAAGAUCGAUAUGGUUACUUCAGGCAACACUUUUUUAAUAAGAAAAAAGUGUUGACACCUAACUGCAUGUACUGUGGACACGAACGAGACGACGCUGAACAUACGUUUUUCCACUGUGUUAAGUGGACAGCUCGGCGUCAGGAACUAGAGUCUAUUUACGGAGUACUCACGCCAGACAACAUCAUCGGCGUGAUGCUCCAAGACAAGGAAACAUGGACAACUUUUGUGGUCUUCAUCGAAACUGUUCUUAAGCGUAAGAAAGCUGAUGGAUGUCUGAGGGAUAAAUAA